AUGAAUCGUCAGCGAAACGGCCAGGGCCCCCAGCCUUUCAUCGUUGAGGCGCGACCAGGCUGCGCGAGCUGUGGGUCGCGAGCGGGGACGAGCGCUGCUCUGGUCGGGCAGGGAGCGUUGCAGGCCGCAUCCUCUCAAAAGCAGAAUCCUCGUACACAUCCUGCCCAUCCCGAACAAGCCAAUAACUCCUCGACCAGCUUGGCGCCUUCCCUUGCUAAUCGUACUCUUCACGGAUACUACGAGUCAAGGACACCCUACGAACAGUCUCCUAGUCUCAUUUGGGUUUCUACGACAAUUCAAUCCCAUCACCAUCAACCCUCUGGACAGUCCUUACUGUGCCGUUCUGUUCAGGCUCUCUCUCAACCUGUUCCGACGGGUACCUUGCCCCUCCCCCAAAAAAUCAUUAUGGUUGCCCACCGACGUGGUCCAUGGUCACAGCAUGAGGAUCAGUGGCUAGUGAACUUGGUCGCCCGCAACGGUCCUCACAACUGGGUUCGCAUUUCACAAGAGAUCGGCUCACGGUCACCGAAGCAAUGUCGAGAACGAUACCACCAAAACCUCAAGCCAUCACUGAACCACGACCCGAUCACCGCUGACGAGGGUGAGCUUAUCGAGAAGAUGGUUGCAGAGAUGGGCAAAAGUAAAGAACUGGUGGAACGGCGGCCAAAACCGCCGCAAGCGUAA